CUGAAAGCGAAUUCAGUUGUUUAAGGUCGUUGUUUGAGGGAGGUAUAUUUGGUCCAGGCUGCUGUUGAAACGUGUUUAGAAUUAUGACCAUGGGGCUAUGCGAUGCGUUAAAAGGGAAUGUAACCUAUGAGACUAUAAGACCCUAUGUUAUUUUAUGUUUACCAAAUGAUUCAUUAACUUCGGAAUCAUAUAUUGCUGAGUUAGAGUUUGCAUCCGCCUACUUAGAUUGUACCUAUUUUAUUCUACGUGUUAUUAAUACUGAAUUGUUACAGAUAAAGCAGUCGGCUAAAGUGCAGUCCGAAAAUUUUUACAGAAAUGUAUUAUCCAUAUUUGAUUUAUUGUUGAAACCUGAGAAAAAACCGUCUGGAUUUCUAGGUGAAUUACCAAAAUCGAAAAGCGAUUUAUCUCGACAUUCGAAAUAUUCUCAUCUACGUCAUUAUUUCACUCAAGUAUGGAUAUCUUUUCUAAACAAUGAAUUAUCAGAUGAUGUACGUUUAGAAUCUAUACGAUAUUUGGGUAAUGAGGGCAUGAAUCGUUUAGCUGAAAUUCGCUUAUUAGCUGAUCAUAUUAUACCAAUUUUUGAUCCUAAUCCAGAGGAUAAAUUAUCUGAAAUAGAAUUAGCAAAAUUUCCAACUAGUUGGUCUCGUGCAGUUUGUCAUGCAGUACUUGGUUUACUUCAAAAAGGUGAUCUUAAUUAUCCACGUCUAUAUAUACGAUUGUAUCGUUUAUUGGAUGAAACGUUGUUUGAAUGUCCAGAUGUUAAACCAUUUCUAAUUGAUUUAGAUAUUUAUUUAAGCUCCAUGUAA